AUGGUUUCGAUGAUAAGGGGCUUGCAGAUAUCGAUACUUUUCAGGAAAGCGAUGCUAAAGCCAAUUGUAAGAUAUCCCCUUAGAAGAACUUUUUUUGGUUUGAGCACUACUAAUCAUGCUAUUAGGGAACAGCGAUAUGUCUUGCGCAAGACCAUAAACGCCCCUCCUAGUAUUAUUUAUGCAGCUGUGUCAGAAGUUUCUCAGUAUAAGGAAUUCAUUCCCUAUUGUACUGACUCCUUUGUAGAUAAAAGAAAUCCUGCAGAUAACAAGCCUGUAAUUGGGGGGCUUCGAGUUGGUUUUAAACAAUAUGAUGAAGAAUUUAUAUGUAAUGUCACUUGCAAGGAUAUGAUAAAUGGGGAUGACGCGUACACGGUUGUUGCAGAAACAGUUUCUCAUAAUUUGUUUCAUCUUUUGUAUUCAAAAUGGACCAUAAUGCCUCAUCCAACUAGACCAAACGCGACCAUGGUGGAACUUUUGCUACGAUUUAAAUUCAAAUCUCGAUUAUAUAACAGUGUUUCUCAAAUAUUCGCCAAGACUGUAACUGAAUUAGUAAUGAACGCAUUUGCUAAGAGAGCUUACAACUCAGUAAGGCUGGCAAUGCUAAAACCUCCAUCCAAAGAAAGCUCCUCAUAA